UUGACAGAGUGCCUCGUUAAAUCGCGCCGCCGCCAGAUACGUUGGAAGCAAAUGUGUAUUCCGCCGCACUUCCUCCUCCGCAGACAAACAUUGGAUUCCCUUUAAUGGCGCGAAGGACUUGGGAUUUUUUUUGUGUUUACAGCCAGCUGUUUUUAACUUCUGACGCAACACUCCCGGGAUGAGUUUUGUCACGUUAAAAUGGAGGCCUACUCAGCAUCAUAGAAAAGGAUAACCGUAUGGACGUCUGUGGAUGUGGAUCACAAUGCAAGUGAAAACUUUAUUGGAAUUGUAUUCUUCUUCUCUUGUAGACGUACCACCAAGGCCUGUAUGGAUGUGUGUGUGUUGUGUGUAUGUGUGUGUGUGUUGGACAUUCCUCAGGUUUGAAGGAGUGUUACCUGACCAGAGCGACUCCCAAGCACAGUUCCACCCCAAACUACUGUGAUUGUUGUACCUCAUGUCGCUUGGUGUGUGCACAAAGGUUUGCAGCAGAACCCUUUUCACUUCAACACACAAGUCCAGCCACUGCAGAAUCCCUAAAAUGUUACAUUGUUUGUGUCAUUGAUUGUGUUUCAUACGCAGCUUUUAUUUGUGGGCCAAAAAAGUUGGGCUUUGCUCGCUCCGGAAGUGUUCUUCUUUAUCCCAUCGCUCCCGACAAGACGAAGAGAUACGGGAACCCGCUCUUGCACAAUUAACUACAGUAAACCUCGGAUAUAUCGGAUUCAAUUGUUCCCACUGGUUUUGUCCGAUAUAAGCGAAAUCCGUUAUAUGCGUAUACCGGAAAAUGUCUGUUUUACGCAUAUAUCGGAUUUAUAUCCGGUAUAUGCGUAAAUCGGAUUUUAUCCGUUAUAAAAAGGCACUUCCUUGACUAUGUUUCCAAUGUACCUGGACGCGCAGGCAACGCUGCAAACGCUGCAAAUGACGUUGUAUAGCGGCCUGUCACGAUUCGGCGAAUCGGAGCGCCACGAUGCGGCCAUCCGAUAUAUGCGAGGGAAAUUUAAUGGAAAUGCAUUGGAACGGGACUGGAGAUUUUGUCCGAAAUAGGCGAAAUCCGUUAUAAAAAAUCCGAUAUAUGCAAUGAAUUUUUAUUGGAAAUGCAUUACAGAAAAAUUGGUUCUUUUUUAUCUGUCCGUUGUGAGCGAAUUUCCGAUAUAUCCGAGUCCGAUAUAUCCGAGGUUUACUGUACAUUUGUUUUUGUCUUUCUAUUUCGUGUUCCUUCGGCACAGCAGUGUGCCCGAGUGACAUUACCAGCAUAUGUUUAAUCGUUGUUGAUGUGUUUUGUUUUUUUUAAUUGUUUAUACAGGGAUCCAGGUGUAUUCCGCAGGCUGUGAUUUGAAGAAUGUGACAUGCGUAGACCUCGAUACUGUUAAGUGACUGUGGACCAAAAACAGUUCAUGGGAGAUAAGGUGUUAGUAUAAACAUAUGUGGACCCCUUUAAAAGUCAAUGGAGUGUGACGGUGACGACCGCGCCGCUGUGGACGAUGUCACGGUGAUGAGAAAAUGCUAUUUUACCGGAAAGCAGGUAAAUACAACAUCUUUGAAGCCGUCGUAUUAGCUAGGCGAUGCAUUCUGUUGAUUUGAGGGAAAGGGGCUCGGUACUAUUAUACUGUAAGUGAUUUUUCCAAUAAAGAAUGUGAUCAAUUCUUCGGAGUGUAAUGCAGGCUGCUUUCUUAUGUAUACUAUUUAAAGGAUGUAAGGAUGUAGGAUGUAAAAAAUAUAUAUAUUGGGAAUGUCCGAUAAUUAUCAGUACAGCAUAAAAAUAUAUUUUGGUCGAUAUCGGUAUCUGAUUUUUUCCCCCGACCAUGAAAAUUGAUAUUUUAAAAAGCAAAAAUGCUGUAUACAACAAGUGUUCAUUCCGCUACAGUAAAUAUGUCACAUAAAUCGACUCAUAUCGGUAUCGAAAAUUUAGAGUUGGACAAUAUUGUCAUAUCGUUUUUCAGCAAAAAAGCCAAUAUCUAUGUGUAAUAUCAUUGUCAUCCAUUUGUGAUACCACAUGUCCUCAUUUGGGUCACGGGUGAGCUGGAGCCUAUCCCGGCUGACUUCCAGCGAGAAGCAGGGCAAAUGACGCAGCAGGGAUGACCGUCAUGGCACCUCAGAAGAUGAUAGCUCCAAACAGACGUCCUCUGAUGUCAUCCUCUAAGAUGCUUUUCCUGGUUUUAGAUGCUGGAGUUGUCGUUAUUGUGAACGGGAUAUCAGAUAGUGUACAUAGUGGCAGCACUUUGGAGUUGUGAGCUCAUCGCAGAGCGAAGACUCAUUCCAGCUGCUCCAUCCCUCACAUCACACCUAAUAAUACACCCUGACUACAGGCACCAUUGGACGGAGACGAGGGGGGGGGGCUUGACUCACUCACUGAGUCUGGACCAGGACUAUAAAUACAGUAUCCGGUCAAGGCUAGCAGGGGGUACAGCAGACAACAACUUGGACAGACAUGUCACAGUCAGGUGAAGUGAAGAAGAAAAAGCGUCCGCCGAUGAAGGAGGAGGACCUGAAAGGAGCCCGCAGUAAACUGGGUCUGAAGGGCGAGGUCAAGAGUAAAACCUAUGAGGUCAUGGCUGAGUGUGAGCGGAUGGGCAAAGUUGCACCAUCGGUGUUUAGCGGUGUAAGGACGGGGGCCGAGACGUCCCUGGAGAAGCCAGCCGCCAAAGCUCCUGGUGCCAGUGUCUUCAACAAGUAGUCCCUCACUGCACGUUUCAUGAUAUUAGUGGAAUCAGCUGUUAUUGUCGUCAAUGUGCUGCUUUUUAUAGCUCUACAGAUAUAUGUUGUUUCAACUUAAAAAAGAAGGGGGGGGGGGGUUGAUCGAGACUAAACCUUUGUUGACACAACAGUUAUUGUACUUUACAGUUUGCACAGUGGCAACCUUCAUGGGUCAAAUCUGAUAUGCUGUAAAGAACAUUUUUUUCAAUGUUACUAAUUUUACUAUUAAAGAGUAUGUGAACAUCCCUGACUACAACACGACUCUGAAAGUCAUGUUGCCAGCUUGUAUGUUAAAGGUUUAAAUACUUUGGAAGCAACUGGCGGGCCGGUUUGAAACGCUUAGCGGGCCGCAUGUGGCCCCCGGGCCGUAGUUUGCCUACCUCAGCCUUAUGCUUUGCGCUCAUUGCAUAGAGUCGAAAAUAUCAUCAACACACAUACCCGAAAUUUAGUAAACAUGUUUAUCAUUGUGGCUGCACGGCGGACAAGUUGUUAGCAUGCAGGCCUCACAGCUUGGAGACCCGAGUUCAAUUCCACCCUCGGGCCAUCUCUGUGUGGAGUUGGCAUGUUCUCCUUGUGCAUGUGUGGGUUUUCUCCGGGUACUCCGGUUUCCUCCCACAUUCCAAAAACAUGCUAGGUUAAUUGGCGACUCCAAAUUGUCCAUAGGUAUGAAUGUGUCAGUGAAUGAACCAGUCCAGGGUGUACCCCGCCUCUUGCCCGAAGACAGCUGGGAUAGGCUCCAGCAUACCUGUGUGAACCUAGAGAGGAUAAGUGGCAUAGAAAAUAGAUGGAUAUUGGAUGUGGUCUUGUGAUUGGGCUGAACAGUAGAAAGUGGUUAGCACACAGGCCUCACAGCUAGGAGACCCGAGUUCAAUUCCACCCUCGGCCAUCUCUGUGUGGAGUUUGCAUGUUCUCCCCGUGAAUGUCUGGGUUUUCUCCAGGUACUCCGGUUUCCUCCCACAUUCCAAAAACAUGCUAGGUUAAUUAGCGAAUUGUCCAUAGGUAUGAAUGUGAGUGUGAAUGGUUGUUUGUCUAUAUGUGCUUUGUGAUUGGCUGGCGAACCAUCAAGGGUGUUCCCUGCCUCUCGCCUGAAGACAGCUGGGAUAGGCUCCAGCACCACCCGCAACCCUCGUGAGGAUAAGCGGUAGAGAAUGAAUCAUGAAUUUAUCAUUGUUUUGUAGUUGCCAUUUGUCAGGAAUCUUGGAUAUUUUCAUUUACCGUGUGCAUCUAAUCCUAAAUAAAUUCCUAAUUUUUCCCGGAAAAUCUCAAGUUGUUAAAGUAACUGAUGAGUCAUGCAAACUUUGUUGCUCACUUCUUCGCUAACCAAAACAGCAGCACCUACCAUGUAAGCAGCCUCACCAAUGAAUUCAAGUCUAGAUAGUCUUACCGGUUGCUUGUAAACAGGUUCUCAAAGUACUAUUAAGAUAAUCUUAUGUUUUAUAGACUGUUUUUACACUGUUAUGAAAAUGGAUUAUUUGCACAUUUAAAUGGCUGGCCUGGUCCCCUCUGCUUGUUGGGUAAGUAAACACCCACUCCUCUCCUCUAAAGAGAAAAUGUGGUAGCCAUGUUUGUGUAGUAGUUAAAUUGCACUGCCUAUAGCGACUGGAAUCCAGUAGAAAUGAGCGCAUGAUGUAUAAUUCAACUGUAAACAAACAUCCAAGGGAGUCUUUGGAACACGACAGUGCUGCAGUAUUUGCUUGUCGGGUAAAGUCAUAAACACAUACAUCAUUCACACUUGGAAUAUACGGUAUCUCAGAUUUUAGUACAUAAUAUUUAAGUUAGUGAAAAGUAUGGAUUUUCUAUACAAUAUAUGAUGAAUGAUGGAGUUUUUUUAAAAAUGUAUUUUCCAUAUGGGAUCAUCAUAGCAUCAGCAGAUACUAUUGGAUGUUCCUAAUUGUAAUCUGCAUGUUUAUAAACCAGGGGUGGGCAAACUUUUUGACUCCCGGGCCGCAUUGAUUUGGGGUGUCAUAUUAUAUAGUAUUUUACACGUAACAGUCCAUUUUUACAUGUAUUUUACACAUUUUACACGUCAUGCAAUCUGCUAUAUGUGCACUUUUAGAUCAUUUAUUUGAUGUAAAGUGUGUUAUAAAUUAAAUGUAUUAUUAUUGUUGUUAUUAUUUUUAUAUUUAUUAUUUAUUUAUUUAUUAUAUUUAUUAUUAUUUAUAUAUAUUAUUGUUAUUAUCUGUGAUUGGCUGGCGUCCAGUCCAGGGUGUACCCCGCCUCUCGCCCGAAGACAGCUGGGAUAGGCUCCAGCAACCCCCCGCGACCCUCGUGAGGAAAAAGCGGUAGAAAAUGAAUGAAUGAAUGUUAUUAUUAUUAUUGUUGUUAUUAUUAUAUUACUAUUAUGUGCUUGUGUUCCUUUUUUCAGGAGCAUUUUGUAAACAACAGAGCACAUCAAAUAACGAAAUUGAUAAAACAGCUACUUCAAUCACCAAAAGGUUGACUCAAGCCAUGACGCCAGGUUGUAUGUUGAUUUUAAAUGAAAUACUUUAAAAGAACAGGCGGGCCGUAUUCAAACAUUUGGCGGGCCGGAUUUGGCCCCCGGGUUGUAGUUUGCCCACCCCUGUUAUAAAUCUUAGAAAUACAUUUAUUUACAAUAGGAUUAGCAUAGGAUAGCAAGUUUGGAAGUAGUAACCUAUGAAGUUGAUGCGUUUCUGACACUGUCCACUU